AUGAUGACGGGAAAUGGACUACAUGGCACGUUGAAUUAUACACCAGAGUACCCCAGAGUAUCAACCAUUUUAAGCGUGGCUACCGCACCCGACAAACUUGCAGAUGAUGUCAUGGAAUCACAUCUGCCGAAGAGUAAGCCAUACUUUCAUGCAGCAUCGCCUAGUAUGAAUAAUACCGUUAAUACUACUACAGGCUCUCUGGAAAGCUCUAAUGUUGUUAAGUCAGAGCCGCUUAUUGAGGCGGGCAUGAUAUCAGCAUUUCUUAAAGAUGCAACUAACCACGGAAAUGGGCACGUCACAAUCCAGCAGAUAUGGGAAGAUGGAUUUGCAGAACCCAUAUCUGAAGAUAGAGAGCAUCGGAUUCAGCAGGCUGUAACGUUUAUGAAGGCAGCUGACAUGGCACAUUCUAUGAAUGCUGGAGCCACGAAGUAUUCUAUCAGACAGGUGGCGCAGCAUUUUAAGGUGCCCAAGUCAACAUUAUAUGAUAGAUUACGCCUGAAACAGAGUGUUUCGGUGGCUGAUAAGGACUUUUCAGGAAAUAUGGAUUCUAGUCCGGCUUCUACAGAGGUUAACAACGAUUCUCACGAGGGACCCACCAAUAAAAUACAACAUGAUGUUUUAAUCAGUAAGAACAUUCUUCCUUUCACAACAGGAUCUGUCGCUCAACCCCAGAGCAACAAUUAUAUAAAGCAUGAAAACCAAAUGAAAAUGAGCGUGAACGAGGAACUGAGAAUGUUAUCACAAAUCAAAGAACUAAGCUAUACGUACGGGAAUUUGUUUGGUAGGAAACAAAUUCUUGAACACAUUAACGAGGAAACUGGUGGAAAGCUCGAUCUAGGAUCAAGUUGGCUGAAAAGUUUCCUUCAGCGGCACAGUGGAGUAGUCCUCUAUGGUCCGCCAGAGGGGUUCUGUAAGAUCAAAGUCAGCUCCCUGCAUAUGGCAAAAAAUAACUACAACCUUCUUUGCAAGUGUUUUGUCAAGCAAGUUCAGUUCCUUUCAGAGACGAGUUGGAGGGGUAGGAAUAUAUAUUAUAUUGCUAGAUCUUCUCUCCAUGAUCGAGGCCAAAGUAGUGUGUUUUCCUGUUUCGAGUUGUCGUUGGUAAAUCAUUCUUUUAAACUGGUCACCACUCCAAAAGUUUUGUUAUUCCAAGACUACAGGGGAAGAAAACUGAAAAAUGCAAAUGAUAGUGAACCGGUCUCCCCGAUAAUAAAUGGAAAGUUCAGUGGUGAUGAAGUGCAGAAUCAAUUGUGCGAUACACUCUUGAAGUGCAUCUCAGCUUGUAUACAACGGGAAUACAGCGUAUCUGCUGCUACUGAUGGGGAAGAGCAAACUAAAACCUAUCAUUUGUUGAAGGUUUUGUACGAACAGUUUCAUUGGGAUAUUACAACCUGCAAAGAAAUUUCAAAGACUGCAACGUUCAUGUCUGCACCUUGGCAAUCUCAAAUUUUGGGUGGUUUGGCUGUGGAAGCUGUCGAAAAUGAACUCCAAGAGAAAGUACAAACACUAAGCGGUGGUUCAACCGAUACAGGUAUACUUCAGUUUGAGAUAAAAGACAAUAUAAAUAAGAUAACUUUGGCCAAGAUUGCUAAACUAUUUGUGGGUCUGUUCGAACUUCCCCUCGGGAGGCCUGAAGAGAAUGUCUCCAUUUCGCUGGGCGGCAGCACAGUUAGCAAAGUUGAACAAAAAGCAGACCCCGUGGAGAAAAGCGGGAAACCACCGAACGUCAUAUCCAUGAGUCGAUAUGACUUUUUGCAAGGGGAUCCAAUUGCUAUUCCAAAUGAGGUCUCUUCGCUGGAUGUGCUUCAGUCACAGCUGUCUGAGAUAUCAGAAUUGAUAGAAGAAAACGAGUCGCGGUUUUAUACUAACAUUCAACACGGAUCCACCAGAGAAUUACUUCGGCUACUUUUAAAUAGAGUCAAGCGGUUGGCUCAAGGACCGUGA